AUGCGAAUGUUAACGCCUUGUUAUCAGGCCACAUUCGGACUUCUGUGGAGCUGGUUGAGUUUUCUUCAGGGAGUUUAUUGUGGUUUAGGGGACAACCAUGUUCAUUCUAGUUUUAUUUACAGACGGUUGCGUAACCACGAAAGACGAGAGAUUCAAAGAGAAAUUCUCUCAAUUCUUGGUUUACCACAUCGUCCAAGGCCCUUCUCCCCAGGAAAACAAGCAUCAUCGGCACCAUUGUUUAUGCUUGACCUGUACAAUGCCAUGACGACCGAGGACGACGACGGAGUACUCGAUCAUACAGGGAAGGGGUACAGUGGAAAAAGUAAUGGAAACACGCGUAAAGGCUACUAUGGACCGUCACAUGGAUAUUCUCGCGUGCCACAACCAUACCGUGCUGCGCCUCUGACAAGCCAGAGUCCACCUUUGGCCACUUCUCACGACACCAACUUUCUCAAUGACGCUGAUAUGGUUAUGAGUUUUGUUAAUCUAGUUGAGAGGGAUAGAGAUUUCUCACACCAGAGGAGACACUACAAAGAGUUUCGUUUUGACCUGACUCAGAUUCCGGAUGGAGAGGCCGUGACUGCGGCAGAGUUCCGAAUUUAUAAAGAUCACAGCCACACGCGAUAUGAAAACAUGACCUUAAAAGUCACCAUUUACCAAGUCAUCAAGGAAUACCAAAACAAGGAUGCAGAGACGUUUUUGCUGGAUUCUAAGAGGGUCAGGGCAUCAGAUGGAGGAUGGUUGGUUUUUGACAUCACAGCCACCAGUAACCACUGGGUUCUGAACCCACAGCAGAACAUGGGACUCCAGCUCUGUGUAGAGACUAUGGAUGGUCGAAGCAUUAACAUGAAAUCAGCUGGGAUUGUUGGAAGAAGUGGUCCACAAUCCAAGCAGCCCUUUCUCGUUGCUUUCUUCAAAGCCAGUGAGGUAUUGCUUCGCUCUGUAAGAGCCACAAGUGGGAAGAGAAAAAAUUUGAGCAGGAAUAAGACCAGAGGUCAACAGAAAUCCUCUCAUCCACCCAAAAAUGCAGAUCAAAAUACCAGUGAACAAAGGCAAGCCUGCAAAAAGCAUGAACUGUAUGUCAGUUUCCGGGACUUGGGUUGGCAGGACUGGAUUAUUGCACCUGAAGGUUAUGCUGCAUUUUACUGUGAUGGAGAAUGUUCAUUUCCACUCAAUGCCCACAUGAAUGCAACAAACCAUGCCAUUGUACAGACUUUGGUUCAUCUGAUGUUCCCUGAAAAUGUGCCAAAGCCAUGCUGUGCCCCCACUAAGCUAAAUGCCAUAUCAGUGCUUUACUUUGACGACAGCUCCAAUGUCAUUUUGAAAAAAUACAGAAAUAUGGUGGUAAGGUCAUGCGGAUGCCACUGA